AUGGGCCUCAUCUACAACAUCUACCUCGACGCCAAGAAAAUCUACGGCUGCAAAAACUGCAAAACCCACCUCGCCGACCACGAUGAAAUCAUUAGUAGAAACUUCCGCGGCCAACACGGCAAAGCCUACCUCUUCAACAGCGUCGUCAACAUCCAACAAGGCGAAGCCGGCGAACGCAACAUGACCACCGGCCGCCACAUCGUCCGCGACAUCUGCUGUCGCCAGUGCAAAGAGAUUGUCGGGUGGAAGUACGACCGCGCCUUCGAGAGCACCGAGAAGUAUAAAGAGGGGAAAUACAUCUUGGAGCAGGAGUUGUUGUGUCAGGUGAAUUGA